GUUGUUUUAGGUUAGAAAAUAAAUUGGUUUUUCAGAAAUAUUUUAAAGAGAGAGAAAUGUAAUGGUGCAAUAAUAUUCUAUACCUAGGAAACCGAAUUGUACUUCAUACACUAAAUAAUAUUAUUAUCUAAACAACGAUGGCGAACUCCUUAAUUUCAAAGAUGGGUGCUUUGCGCAUAGUCCCAGUAAUUUUUACACAGCCGUCUCGUAAUACUACAACUAAACAUUACAUACCAAAGUUUAAGAAGCAAAGAGCUCAGAAAUAUUUAAAAGUCGAAUUACCAGAUCCAAAUGAGGACUUUGGUUCACUCAGUUCGAGCAAGAUCAGACAGAAGAUGAAAGAGCGCGGCAUUUUGCCACCAAGACCAUGGAUGGAGAGACCCUUUUACCUUUCUGCCACAGGUGGUGUUUUUGAGCCCUAUGUCCCACCAGAGGGUGAUGGCAAAGCCUCUAUAGUCUCAGCAACACGUGCCAAGCAAGCUGUGGAACUUCUCGAAAAGAAAUCAAAGUCUAUGAUGGCAAUACGGAAAAUCAAGUCGUUUGAAGAAGAAUUUGAUCAAAAAGAAUUUGUUUUACAAGCUCAAGACACCUAUAUCAAGGCCCAUGAAAGUCUUGCAAACAAUGAUAAAAAGGCUCUGAGAAUUUAUGUUACGGAAAAGGCAUAUCCGGAAUUCAGGCAUAAUUCUCAUUCGAAAACUAUCAGGUGGAAGUUUAUUGAGUCGCUAGAGCCUCCAAGAGUUGUGCAUGCGCGGUGCACUGAUGUCAUUAGCAAGGAGAAUAUAUUUGGACAGGUAACGGUCCGCUUCCACACACGCCAACAGCUAGCAGUAUAUGACAGAUUCGGUCGACUUCUUCAUGGCAGUGAGAUCUUAUCGAAAGACGUCUUAGAGUACAUAGUGUUUGAAAAACAUCUGUCUAAUCUGUACGGAACAUGGCGCAUCCAUGAUAAGAUCAUCCCUGACUGGACUCCACCUAAAGAACCUUCCAAAUUGACCAGGGUUAUGCCUGAACCUGAGCCAGAAGUUGUGGAGAGUACGGAGACAACAGAGUCUGCAGUUACAACACCUGAGCUUUCAGAAAAACCUGCAGCACCUGCCAUCGCCAAUUAAUGAAUUGUAGAUUUGUAAAUAAAUUGUAGU